UCGAAUCGGUGGAAGAGAGCACUUCUGUUGACUUAUAGGCGACAUGGCGCUGUGGCUGCUGCUGCUUAUUACUCUGGGAAUAUGGAUUCUGAUCCGGAAAUGGGCACUCCUGCGACUGGGAACCAGUCUACCAGGUCCCUGGGCCUUUCCACUCCUGGGAAACGCCCAGAUGGUGGGCAAACUAAGGCCAGAGUUCAUCUUUCUCGUUUUCACAGAGCUGCGAGAUCGCUUUGGGGCCACCUAUCGCCUGUGGUUGGGUCCCCAGCUUUGGGUAUUCCUUCACUCGGCGGAGGAGACGCGGCAGGCCCUGCAUGAUCCCACGCUCCUCAAGGCGGAGACCUUCCUCCAGCUGGAGCCGCUCAUCGGGAACGGACUGCUUAUCAGCCAUGGAGCCCAUUGGACCAGGCAGCGUCGCCUCCUGACUCCCGCCUUUCAGCCGCAAAUCCUGCGCAGCUUUGCUCCUGCUAUCGCUGGACAUGUGGACCGCCUGGUCAAGAGACUGGAGGAAACCAAGGGAGCCCCUCUGGAGGUCACCGAUCCUCUAUUCGCCUGCCUUCUAGACGCCAUUGUAGACACGUCGAUGGGAGCCCAACUGGACACACAGUCAGUGGAUCACUCGCCCAUCAUCAAUGCCUUCCAUCUCAGCAGUAAGUUACUAUUCAAACGCAUGGUCAAUCCGCUCCUGGCGUCCGAUUGGAUCUUUCAUCGCACCCAACUCUGGCGGGAUCUCAACGAGCAGCUCCAGGUGAUCCAUACACUAAUGGAAUCGGUGAUCGAAAAGCGCGCUAAGGAGCUGGAGGAACUGAAGGAUAAAGGAGAAACUCCAGGAAAGGCGCUCAAUCUUCUGGAUACGCUCCUCUUGGCCAGAUUCGAGGGACAACCCCUGAGCAGAAAGGAAAUUCGUGAUGAGGUCAACACCUUUGUGUUUGCGGGAGUGGACACCACGACGGCGUCCAUGUCGUUUGUUAUUUACGCACUCGCUAAAUAUCCCGAAACGCAAUCCCGACUUCGCAAGGAGCUGCAGGAGCUACCGAUGGAUGGAUCCUCUGACCUGGACACCCUCAACGAGCUGCCCUAUCUGGAAGCUGUGAUCAAGGAGGUGCUGCGUAUGUAUACCAUUGUGCCCACCACUGGACGACAGACCACGCAAGCCACCGAGAUCGGAGGUCGAACAUAUUGUGCCGGGGUCACACUGUGGAUUAAUAUGUAUGGAUUGGCGCACGAUAAGCUCUACUAUCCGGAUCCGUAUGCCUUCAAGCCGGAGCGGUGGUUGGAGGAUGGCGGUACCGCCCCACCCGCCUUCAGCAAUAUUCCCUUCUCGGGGGGUCCACAUUUCUGCAUCGGAAGACGGUACUCGCUGCUCCUGAUGAAGCUGCUCACCACCCGCCUCGUCAAGGCAUUCGAUCUGGAACUGAGCUCGGAGCAGACUCCCCUCAAACUGCAGGCCCAAAUGGUGCUGAAAGCCCAACAGGGAAUACACGUGUCUUUCCUGAAACGAUAAAAUAGCCAUUUUCAAAUAUAUCAUAUUAUUAUAAUUUUGGAUUUGAAUGUUUUGAAAAAUAAUCUAGAAAAAUGUAUUAAAUAAUGAA